CUGCAGAAAGAAGAGGUGAGGAGAAGGCACAUCCGCCUGCACAUGGAAGGGGCGCUGACUGCCAGGGACAAAGUCGGGGUGCAGGAUUUUGUGCUCCUGGACGCCUACACCAGCGAAUCUGCCUUUGUGGAAAACCUUCGCAAGCGCUUCAGCGAGAACCUCAUAUACACAUACAUCGGGACCCUGCUGGUGUCUGUGAACCCAUACCAGGACCUCGGCAUCUACACUGUGAGCCAGAUGGAGCUCUAUCAAGGAGUCAAUUUCUUUGAGCUACCACCACAUGUGUACGCCAUCGCGGACAACGCCUACCGCAUGAUGUGCUCAGAGCUCAGUAACCACUUCAUCCUUAUUUCCGGAGAGAGUGGGGCCGGGAAAACAGAAGCCUCCAAGAAGAUCCUUCAGUAUUUUGCAGUGAUGUGCCCCAUGACCGAGUCCCUGCAGGUAGCCCGUGACCGGCUGCUGCUUUCCAACCCUGUGCUAGAGGCUUUCGGAAAUGCCAAGACACUCCGGAAUGACAACUCCAGCCGGUUUGGAAAAUACAUGGACAUCCAGUUUGACUUUCAGGGUGUUCCUGUAGGCGGCCACAUCAUCAGUUACCUGAUAGAGAAGUCUCGCGUUGUCUAUCAAAACCUGGGGGAGCGGAACUUCCACAUCUUCUACCAGCUGCUGGCAGGUGGUGAAGCGGAGCGUCUGGCUUACCUGGGGCUCGAGCGAGACCCCCAGCUGUACAAGUACCUCUCACAGGGUCGUUGUGCCAAAGAGUCAUCUAUUAAUGACAAGAAUGACUGGACAACUGUUUCCAAGGCCUUUCCGGUCAUCGACUUCACUGAAGCCGACCUUGAGAAUCUCUUUGGGAUCCUUGCCAGCGUCCUGCACCUGGGCAACGUUUGUUUUGAAGAAGAUGCCCAGGGCUGUGCCGCCAUCCCAGACACACAUGAGAUCAAGUGGAUUGCCAAGGUGAUCUGCCCCCUGACCCUGGAGCUCUCUGUCUAUGCCAGAGAUGCGAUGGCGAAGGCUGUCUAUGGACGGACGUUUACAUGGCUGGUCAACAAGAUUAAUUCCUCCUUAGUCAACAAGGAUUUCACCAGGAAAACUGUGAUUGGCUUGCUGGAUAUCUACGGGUUUGAAGUCUUCGAUAAGAAUGGGUUUGAGCAGUUCUGCAUCAACUACUGCAAUGAGAAACUCCAGCAACUGUUAAUAGAGAGAACCCUGAAAGCGGAACAGGCGGAGUAUGAGACAGAAGGCAUCGAGUGGGAGCCAAUCCAGUACUUUAACAACAAGAUCAUCUGUGACUUGGUAGAAGAGAGACACAAAGGAAUCAUAUCCAUUCUGGAUGAGGAAUGCAUUCGCCCUGGUCAUGCUACAGACUUGAGUUUCCUGGAGAAGUUGGAGGAGAAAGUGGGCAAGCACGCACACUUCCAAACCCGGAAGCUGGCCGGUCCCAAGGGCCGCAAGCGGAUUGGUUGGAUGGAGUUCCGGCUCCUGCACUACGCUGGGGAGGUCACGUACUGUACCAAGGGAUUCCUGGAAAAAAACAACGACCUCCUCUACAGACAUCUGAAAGAAGUGCUGUGCAGGUCUAAGAAUAGCAUCCUCAGGGAAUGCUUCCUGGUGGCGGAGCUGGAGAAUCGCAGGAGGCCACCCACGGUGGGGACGCAGUUCAAGAACAGCUUGAGCAGCCUCCUGGAAAUUCUUAUCUCAAAGGAGCCCUCAUAUAUCCGCUGCAUCAAGCCCAACGAGAGGAAAGAGCCUAGCAAGUUUGAUGAUCUUCUCAUAAGGCAUCAGAUCAAAUACCUGGGCCUCAUGGAGCACCUACGGGUGAGGCGGGCCGGCUUCGCGUACCGGCGCAAGUACGAGCACUUCUUGCAAAGGUACAAGUCCCUGUGCCCAGACACCUGGCCGCACUGGCACGGGCCUCCGGCAGAAGGCGUAGAACGCUUGAUCAAGUACAUCGGCUACAAACCCGAGGAGUACAAGUUAGGGAGAACCAAAAUAUUCAUUCGGUUUCCCAGAACUCUGUUUGCUACUGAAGACGCCUUUGAAUUCAGUAAACAUCAGUUAGUUGCCAGAAUCCAAGCCACAUAUAAAGGCUGCUUGGAAAGGAGAGAAUAUGUGAAGAAACGACAAGCAGCCAUCAAACUGGAAGCACACUGGCGGGGAGCCCUGGCCCGGAUGGAGACCCACCGGAGAAAGUGGGCCGUGCAGGUUGUCAGAAAAUUCAUCAAGGGAUUCAUCCACCGCCACCGGCCCCUGUGCCCCGACAACGAGGAGUUCGUCGUGCUUGUGCGCAAGAAUUACAUCUUGAAUCUGCGCUAUCAUGUCCCCAAGACCGUGCUGGACAAGAGCUGGCUGAGACCUCCAGGCAUUCUGGAAAACGCUUCCACUUUGCUCAGAAAGAUGUGCACGAGGAACCUGGUGCGGAAGUACUGUCAUGGUGUCACGGCAGAGCGGAGAGCGAUGAUGCAGCAGAAGGUGGUCGCCAGUGAGAUAUUCAGGGGCAAGAAGGAAGGCUACGCAGAAAGCUUAAGUCAGCCUUUUGCCGACAGCCGGAUAGAUGAAGGAGACAUUAACCGCAAGGUGCUUCAGCAAAUUAGCAACGAGAACAUCCAGUACGGUAUCCCAGUCAUUAAAUAUGAUAGGAAAGGCUUCAAGGCGCGGCAGCGGCAGCUCCUCCUGACUCAGAAGACAGCUUACGUGGUGGAACUCGCCAAAAUCAAGCAGAAAAUCCAUUACUCGGCACUCAAAGGCAUCUCCACCAGCAACCUGAGUGACGGAAUCUUAGUUAUCCACGUCCUGCCCGAGGACAGCAGGCACAAGGGCGAUGUCAUCCUACAGUGCGAGCACGUGUUCGAGGCCGUCACUAAGCUCGUCAUGCUGGUUAAGAAGGAGAACCUUGUCAGCGUCGUCCAAGGAAGUUUACAGUUUUAUAUCAGUCCUGGAAAAGAAGGCACAAUAGUUUUCGACACGGGACCAGAAGAACAAAUCUAUAAAGAUAAAAACGGGCAGUUAACAGUGGUGAGUGGCUGGGCUUGGGGAGAGGUAGGCAGUGCGCAGCACUAGAGAAACCAGGUUUGCAGUCUAGGCAUGCCAGAGCUGCAUGGGCACUAGACGCGUGAGCCAGUGCAGUCUUCCCCUAGCACUGUGUC